UUCUCUUUAAUAUUUAAGAGAUCGAAAAUGGCAGUGCAAAAGCUUUUUAGGCUUCUCUUUGCGCAACUGGUUCUCCUACUUCUGUUCUUAGAUCUCACUAAUGCAUGGGGUUUAUAUAUGAGGUUCUACAGGAGGACAUGCCCUAGAGCAGAGUUUAUUGUCCAUAGAACUGUUUACCAAUACGUUUCUAGAGACCCAACUCUUGCUGCGCCUUUGCUGAGAAUGCAUUUCCAUGAUUGUUUCGUUAGGGGAUGUGAUGGUUCUGUGCUAUUACAAUCCACAAAGAAUAAUCAAGCUGAGAAAGAUGCAAUCCCAAACCAAACCUUAAGAGGGUUCAAUGUGAUUGAUGCUAUAAAAUCUGCUAUAGAAAGGGAGUGUCCUGGAGUGGUUUCUUGUGCUGAUAUCUUGGCCUUAGCAGCUCGAGAUGCAGUUUUAAUGAUUGGAGGACCAUUCUGGGCAGUUCCUACUGGGCGCAGAGAUGGAAGAGUGUCAAUUGCUUCAGAGGCAUUAACACAAUUGCCAUCUCCGUUCGCCAACAUUACUGAACUUAAACAAAAUUUUGCUGCUAAGGGUUUAAAUGUUAAGGACCUUGCAGUUUUAUCAGGAGGGCACACAAUUGGCAUUGGACAUUGCUUUAUAAUCUCAAACCGCUUAUACAAUUUCACCGGCAGAGGCGACACAGACCCAUCAUUGGACCCAAUAUACGCAGCUCAGUUGAAGAAAAAGUGCAAGCCAGGAGGAAGCACAAAGACUAUCGUUGAAAUGGACCCUGGAAGCUUCGUAUCAUUCGAUGAAGAUUACUAUACUACUGUAGCUAAAAGGAGAGGUCUUUUCCAAUCCGAUGCAGCUCUUCUUGAUGACUUCGAAACCAGCACUUACGUCAGGCUUCAAUCAUUGACCGGUGGAUUAACUUUUGCUCGAGAUUUUUCUGCAUCAAUGGUGAAAUUAGGUUAUGUCGGAAUUCUUACUGGCAAGCAAGGCGAAAUCAGAAAACAUUGUGGUUGUGUCAACAAAUGGUGAUUCAUCAUUCUUGUUUUCGAUUACAAGAAAGUUGCAAAUGCUUCUGUCAAUUUCUUUUGAGGGUGUCUGUCUUUUUUCUUUUUAGAUCAAUUAUGGUGUCUCUGUCUUGUUUCAUAAUUUUUUAUUACGAGUUCUGUGCUAAUCAUAUUUUUUUCUUUUAAAAAAGCAUG